AAUACGCCCCAGCUUCGAGUGGAGGAGAUCCUCGUGAGUCACACGCGCGCGGGGGGUUACGGAAUCCUGAGACCAGUCAGUCUGCAAGUCGCGCUUCGCGGAUCCGGAACACUCCGUCAACAGUCCCGGCACUGUCGCCGCGCUGGAAAUCAAGAUAAACAAUCUUGAGUUGGUUGAGUGUGCAUUUUGUGGUUCGUUUUUUUUUUUUACGUGGUGCGGUUCUUUUGACAGGAAGUGCGUGGGAUCGUGUAUCGUUCGGGAGACAAGUGCAGAAGGAGGACAGUUUGGGUCUUCUUCGGCUUUGUUUUUAUUGCUGAACAGGAUCCAAUAGCAGUCGUUCCUUUUCGAAAGAAGUGCGCUAAUUUGUGUGUUCGAACAAACAAGGUACAUUAAACCGACCAGCCGCACACGCACAGGUGAGACUAGAGAGGUUAGUAGGUGUGCAAGAAGAACAAACAAAGCAACCCGCAGUGCAGUGCCGAAGAAAAAAGUGAAUGAAGUGAUAAGCGAGAAAACGGAAUUCUUUCCGGGUGACAUUUGGAGAAAAUACAACAACAACAACAUAAAUACGAUUGGUGCAUUUCCUGAUCCCUGAAGCGGAAGCAGAAAGCGGCGAAGCCGUUCUACAUUUUCCAGUUGAGUUUAUCGAUUCCGUCCCUUGUUUUCCGUGGAAAUACUUCAACCCGAGAGAGAGCGAGCCUCGCGCUUCAACAGCACAACCGCAAAUAUGGAUUUCCAACGAAAGCUUAAAUGAUCUCAAACCAAAACAAAAAGAAGCAAACUACUACCUCUCAGGAAAACAAAAAAUUGAACACUGUUAAGAAAAUAUUGCAAAAGAGCAGAACAAAGAGUUACUCAUUGUUAAGGACAAGCGCCCACCUCUGGUUCGAGUUUCCCCCUAGUCCUUUCUCACUCCCCACGACACGAGAGGCAGUGAACAAUACAAAAAAAAAAAACGUCAAACCAAAUCAGUCUCGAUGUAUUGAAUGACGACAGCAACUGUCGCGAGCCAGCAGAGUGAGAAAUUGAGUCGAUUUCCGACUCCAACUACUCCAGCGCCCCAACAGUCGACGUCGGCGACGAGGACGACGCCGUCGACACCGUGGACCACCCUCGGAAGGAUGAAUGAAACGCAGCAAAUGCACGCCACGGACAGCAGCCAGCAGAGCAACACCAGCAUACACAAUAACAACAACAACAACAACAAUAACAACAGCAGCACUGGCAAGAACCGGAGUAGCAAUAGCAACAGCGAUGCCAAAAUGGACCACCACUUUCAGCUAUUGCAGAGGGAACGUGAACAACAGCGAGAACGAGACCAGCAACAGCAGCAACAGCAUCAACAGUCAUCGUCAUCGGCAUCGGCGACGAUGUCGCAAAGUCAAUCUCACCACCAGCAGCAGCAGCAGCACCAGCGAGAACAGCAUCAGCGAGAGCAUCAACAUCGACCGUUCUCGCCGACGCCCUCGGAGCAGCAGCAGUAUGCACUCAAAUGGAACGACUUCCAGUCCUCCAUCCUGUCGUCCUUUCGGCAUCUGCGUGACGAGGAGGACUUUGUCGAUGUGACGAUUGCCUGCGAGCAACGAUCGUUCACCGCCCAUAAGGUCGUCCUGAGUGCGUGUAGUCCCUACUUUCGCAAGCUGCUGAAGGCGAAUCCCUGCGAGCAUCCGAUUGUCAUCCUGCGUGACGUACGCUCCGAGGACAUCGAAAGUCUGCUAAGAUUUAUGUACAACGGCGAGGUGCACAUCGGACAGGAUCAAUUAAGCGAUUUCCUCAAAACGGCACAAUUGCUCCAAGUGCGGGGGCUGGCAGAUGUGACGAACCCGAGCCGAACGUCCACCGGCGGCGCCUCAGCGCUAAAUUCCUCCUCGUUAUCGACACCUGCUGUUCAGGAGCUAAAAGCAUCACCCACUUCAUCGUCAUUACCAUGGGAACCGCCGGAGGAUGGCGGAGCAGUGCCACCGCCCCAGAAGCGUACCAAAAGUUCAGAACUGUACCGCAAACAGCACGGGCUCAGUCCGGAGGAUCCGAUCCCGCUGGAGCACUACCCCAUUGGACAGCACCCGUUGACCCGCGAACGUUCCAAGGACAAGAGCAAGGACCUCCGAAGUGGCACCAGCACCGCCGGCAGUGACUUUGAUGUGCGCGACCGGGACCGCAGUCUGGAGUCGCAUCGCGAAUCGCUACUCUCACAGGUACUGGAAGGCGGACCUACCCUGUCUGUGCCAUCGAAACACCCCGACCUGCAGUCACUGCAGAAUGCCAUCAGCGGUGAGGACUCGAACAGCAGCGACACGGCUGCGUCCGAUCACGGCGAUGACAUCGAAGGUAUCAACGGCAACGUCGAACACACCCGCCCGUCGUUUCCAUUCCUCGGCCUGCAGGGCAUCCCCGGGCUGAUACCCGGCCCGUCCGGCAUGCAUGGGGACAACUUCGUCUCUCGCCGUUCUUUAGAAAUGCGAGUUCGCGCCACAGACCCCCGGCCGUGUCCCAAGUGCGGUAAGAUCUACCGCUCGGCCCACACGCUGCGUACCCACCUGGAGGACAAGCACACCGUUUGUCCCGGCUAUCGAUGCGUCCUGUGCGGAACCGUUGCCAAGUCCCGCAACUCGCUGCACUCGCACAUGUCCCGUCAGCAUCGCGGAAUCUCCACGAAGGACCUGCCGGUGCUACCCAUGCCUAGUCCCUUCGAUCCAGAUCUUGCCUCCCGUCUGCUGGCCAAGGCCGGAGUCAAGAUUUCCCCCUCGGAGCUACGGGCAAGGGCCUCGCCGACCGGCACUCGACGAAACGACGGCAGCAUGAAACUGGAAAUGCGAUCCGGAGUCGAUGGCGAAGACUUUGACGACCCGGAGGAUCUGACCAUGUCACAGCAGAGCAGCCACAGCGAAAGCCAGCGGCGCUUCCACGAAAGCAUGAUGGGCAUGUCGCCAUCAAUUCCGUUUGGUGACGUUUCAGCAUUCAGUCAUCCGAGCACGACCAUAACCCGUGUUCGACAGCAGCAACAGCAACAGCAGCAGCAGCAACAGCACCAGGAUGGUGUAAAGUCAGGCAUGGACGGUCGCGAUGGUAACGGUGGCAACAAUGGCAAUGGCUCGGGAAUGUCGAUGGGAGAUCGCCAUAGCGGAGGAGGCGGCAGCAGUAGCGGGAUGAACCAGAUGCAACCGAACACACCGACCGGAUCGGCAAUCUUGGAUACGUACUUGCAGUUCAUCACGGAGAGCGCUUUCGGCAUGGGUGGAAUGACCCAGGAACAGGCCGCGGCCGCCAUUCAAGCCGCCAAGUACGCCCAACUCAAAGCCAUGGGUCACAAUCUGGAUCAACUGCCGCCGGGGUUUCUUCCACCGCAGCUAGACAUCGCCAAGCUCACCGGGAAUAGCCAAGGUUCGGACCAUCCGCUAAGUAAGCUGCAAUCCUCACCGAACGUUACGAUCGAACCGGCUUCCAACGAUCGUCACCACCAGCUCAGUGCACAGCAGAAACUACUCUCCCUGGCGGCCGGCAAUGGAAACCACAAUCUGAACAACAACUCGAUACUGAACAGUGAUUCGAUUCGACGUGGCGACUCAUCAGAACCGAUGGACCUUGGACUGGAUGGCCCGCAGCACCACGUAAACGACGACGGAAACAGCUCCGGUGAGGAGCGGAAUUACUCCGAUGACGAAGGAGUCGGUACUAACUAAGCUUAGUAUACGCAUUGAUACCCGUCGUAUACGUUCCAUAUACGAUAUACAACGCUCUAGCAGAAUUAAGAUCUGAGGCAGACAUGUCAUUCAAUUCAGAUCAGCUCUACCUACAAGUAUGUUUACUCUACCAUAAGGACUUAGUUUUUCUUUCUGCCGACCAUUUCGGCCGCGAACUGCGGACCGAAAACCGGAUAAGAACAAAUUUCAUGGAAAAAUGAGUAAAUUCGUUGUGCCAUCCUUAAUUAAGUGAGUAUGAUAAUUGUUCUCUCGAAUAUCUCGAAACUGUAUAAAGUCCAUCCAAGCGCGAACAGACGCCAAUGAAUGUCGUCGUCCUCCUAACAGAGAACAAAACUGCAACAAAUCAGCUCGUGAAUGUUAUACACCUCAGGUUAUUUUUCUUUUUCGUUUUUAAGUUCCGAUCAUUAGGAAUAUCUAGGGUUUAGAAAAGCAAGGCAAGUGUUUAAGCACUAUACGAAGGUAAACUGCAAUCCGUAACUUGAAAUACCUCAUAUUGAAGAAAGAAACGUUUAAUUUAAAACUCCUUUUUACAACAAAAGAAGAUAUUUCACAUUGUACUACUUACUUAGUAAUGAUAAGAUCAUAUUUACAAACAAAACAAAACCAGUUGAGACACAAUCCGUCAGUCUACCUCACAAGAUAGUUAGUGCAAGUUAAAAUUUUAUCAGAACAAUACUUAUACAAAUCCUCCAGUGGAGACACAUUCACAUGAUUGUACUCCUCUGUACAAGAUGAGAUAAUCGGAGGGAUUUCGUCCCUAUCCAAGGUGGAACUACCAAAUCGCCCAGUUCUAUUUAAACUUAUCAUAGAGAGAAAUGAAACGUAUACUAAUCUCCUCAACAGAGACCCCAAACCUCUGUAUACGCAAAUGCUAUCCCGCUAUACCCUUCUAUUCGUAGAGUUUAAUUCAAGCACAACGUAGUAGAACAGAUUUGUCGACUUUUAACUGCACAAAUAUACGAAAUUUUAUCAACAAGAAGAAAACCGUUAUACGAACCCAACACCCAAAACGAAUGUAUACUGAGAAGAACAAAACCUACGAAACAUAGGUUCAGUGAAUGUGAAUUUUCGUUUCCAUAUCUUCCGUUUUUGCAUCAGUUGGAAACCUAUCUAUACGAAAUCUAUAUCAACAAAUCUGAAAGAAAAGAAAAACUGCUAGUAUACGCAAAACAUAAAAGCAAAAGAACUUGUAUACCAACACACACAAGUCUAUACGAUUUAUCGCAAACAAAAACAAAAUACGAUCAAAUUGAAACCGAUACGAUAUCAAACAAAGUAUACUAAAAUCCACCCUCAACAAGUGAGCAACCAUUUCUUCGUUUCGUUUCGUUCUAUUCAAACGUGCUUCCAAGCUCCUCUUCGGACAUCGCGUAUGAUGAAUCUCAACGGUUGUUUUUACUGUUAUAAUACUCAUUACACCGAUAACUACCUCCUGUAUUAUAAUAUUCGUAUCUCAAUUACCUCUACCUUACGAACCUCACUCAGGGCGAACAAAGACACUCUACCAUGUUUACUGACAAACAAACACAGACACACACACACACAAAAACAGAACCAUACAACGCACACCGCAGCAAUAUUACUGUUUAUUUAUAUAAGUGAGUUCUGUUACAAAUACCUCUGUUUUUUUUUUCCUCAGCGAUCAAACAUACAUACUAGUGCAACACAAAACGGGUAUAAUAUUACUUUUUUUUUUAACUAAUGUUUAACAGAGUCCUUGUUUAACGAAGAACUUGUUUUAGUUGUAGUUCCAGAUCAGAAUCAAAAUCACCGAAACGUUCGGUAAACUGUGACAAAACAAACAGAAUCGCAUGCAUUCUUUUAUAUUGAAUAUGUUGUCCUGUAUUGUUGUGGUAGGCAAAAACGCUUGGUAAACUGAAGAGUCGCACAUUAGCUCCAACAAAUUAAAACAUGUAAGUUACCAUGGAGAUGAAUUUACUUGUGACUAACUGCAAGAUCAACAAUUGAAAUGGCCUUAACUCCAUUUUAUAAACCAACCUUGUAAGGCCAUUUUCUCGCGAACCGAAGUCCGCAAAGGCAAACCAACAUAAUGAACAAGUAGGGGACAUUCUCCUCUACCCGAUUGUGGUUUAGGUUCGCGAGAAAAUAGCUUUACAAGGUUUGUUUACCAAAUGAAGUUAAGGCAAUUUCAAUUGUUGGUCUUGAACUGUUUUCCACACCUGUACAAGUAUUUCUUUACCUUUUUCUUGUCCUUCGGAUCACAAUCACAAUCGCAUUUCUCCGUAUUCAGCCAAAAAUUUUCGAAAAUGUUCAAGGAAAAGUUCCAUUACACAGCAAACUUUAACACUUUGAUCGGUUUCUGGCGUCGUCAAAUGAACAGUGACAGUUCGUCAAGUGCCAAGGGGUGAUGCAUAAGCAUUUUUUAUCGUCGCUGUAUCGACUUAUGAAAAAGGCGUCGCUUCCGUUUACCAAGCGUUGCUCCACAGCAAAACCAGGGAAGAAUUUGUACAAACUUCACACACCAGGCACACUCACGGACACUCGAUGGAAGACGAACAAGUAUUUAAGGUAAAAUAGAGAAGAAGCAAUAGCACCUAAUUAAAAACUAGAAACGUCAAUGAUCGCAGUAUUGAAUCUCAUAACUUGAAACAACCCGAAUCUCUAUCCUUAUUUGGAACAAAACCAUUUGACUUUUUUUUUCUGCGAAAAAAAAACAAAAUUGUACUUAAAAUCACAAACAAAAAAUUACUUCCUGUACAGCUUGCUUCCGGUAAAUUGCUUCCGAUUAAAAUAAAUUAAAUUCUACAAAUUUUCAAAAAAAAACAACCACACUGUAAAUAGGUGAAGCAAACCAAUACCUUAUCGUAGACAAGUAGCUGAUUAUAACGGUAAGGGAAAAAAAUGAAUAAACGUUAAUGGAUAAGAUGGAAUUCUUGUAAUAAAAAUACAAAAGUAUGUAGUGUUACUUAUUCGAUAGAUGUUUUUUUUUUUCGAGAUGGAAUCAAGGUUUUCCGAGCAACCUUGAACACAAAAUAGCUAAAUUUUAAAUUGUAAGCACAAAAAUUCUUGCUACGAAACGACGUCGCUGUUAGGGACGUAAGUCUGAUUAUUAAAACACGUUUUCUUCAUUUUUUUGGUUGAAGUUUUCAGUUUUGAACGAUUCAAAUCAAAAUUUACUAAACGGGAAAGAGAAAAAUUCAAUGAAUUUUUUCAUUAAGUUAUGUUAUUAUUACAAAGUUGUACUUACAUCCAGGAUUCGUCUUACGGAUUACUUCUGACGCAAUUAUUUAUGUUUGAAUCAAAAACGAUAUCCAAUAUGCUGCGAUUUAAGUGAAGAGACAUGAAACAGAUGCAAAAAAAAAUCCUGAACAUGAAAAAGGAACAAAAAAUAGAACAUAGACUAAAUCAGUAGGAGAGCUAAGUGGAACAAAAGUUGUUAAAUAUGAAUUGCUAAAACUAUUGCAAAAUAUUUUAUUAAAUGUGUGAUAGACUUACUCUAAAAAUGUGCGCGUGGAAAAACGCAUGCUGAUUGCAGAGAACUACAAAAGAAAAUAAAAAAUACAAAAACAAGCUAAAACAUAAAAAAAACGGAAUCCCUACUGGAAAAUGUAUUUAGGAAGUAGUAGCUAAACAAAAUGGAUAUGAUGAGCGCAAAAAUAUGAAUCUAUAUUUAAAACAAAAACCUGUUCAGCGAAUAGAGCUACCACUUCUCGUAGAUUGUAAGAUAUAUUUUCUUUUUUUAAGUUUUUUUUUUAUAAUUAAAACUCAACCGUAAUCAAGAAUUAUAAAUAAUUUUCUCAGAGAAAAAAUAUAUUUAAAAAUUAUAA